ACUUAUAGAUCAUGAGUCGUUCCUGGUAUCAUCAUUAUUAGAGCGUUGUUAUUCGAAUCGUUCUUGGAUCAUCGUUACUGGAAUCGCGGUAUUGAAAUCAUCGUUACAGGCGUCAUUCUUAGAUCGUAGUUAG